GAGGGGGAGGGAAAUAGAAGUGGCCGAGACGCGAGUGUGAGCUCCACGUGUCGCGGAUUAGCGGCGCGGUGAUUUUCAAGUUUUACGCAGCGGGACUCAUGACGUGAUAACGAGGGCUGAACUGACCUCCGAAGAGCCGAUAACUAAGCAGAUUUGGGUCAGUUACUGAUCAAGCCCCUCCUAAAGAAGGCCGGUGGUGGCGAACUGGCAUCCUCACUUUGUUGCCGCCCCUAGCUAAUGUUAUUUAGCGCCGUCUAGCUCUCUGCAGCCGCUGUCCGUGAGAAAUCAUCCCCGCCGCCUGCUCUGGAUGAAUAGUGCGGCAGAUCCUGACAUGAUUAAGGAAAACCGGUGGAAUAUACCCCCCAAUGCCCCGGCAUGCAUGGAAAAGCAUCUGGACGCGGUGCAGUACAGGGCAGAUGGCACGAUGCUGCUUGGGGCUUCCAGUCUCUCUGGGAGGUGCUGGCUCGGGUCUGUCUGGAUAUACAGUGAUCCCAAGCAGGCCCCCAAUGAAGGAUUCUGCAAAGCUGGCGUGCAAACCGAGGCCGGUGUCACCGAUGUCAAAUGGGUGUCUGAAAGGGGUGUUCUUGUGGCAUCUGACUCAGGUGCCUUGGAGCUAUGGGAACUGGCAGAGGAUGAGCGGCUGCUGGUAAAUCGCUUCACCAAACAUGAGCAUGACCACAUUGUCACCACCGUGAGCCCCAUCACUGGAGCAAGCAGUGCCGUCACGGGCAGCAUGGACUGCAGAAUCAAAGUCUGGGAUCUUAGUCAGGAGACAGUGGUCAGCACAUACCACGCGCAUACAAAGCCACUCAACUGUGUGUCCUGCAGCCCAAUAGAUGAUUCUCUUUUCCUCUCCUGUGGCCAGGAUGGCCGUCUGCUGUUGUGGGACAGGAGGAAGCCAUCCAAGCCAGCUUCACGAAUUAAUGUUGAAUCCCCCUGCUGCUCCCCUACCUCUGUGGCUUGGCACCCUCACCACAGGAGCAUCAUCUCAUACGGUGACGAGCUGGGCAGAGUGACGGUGAGGGACUUCCAGGGAACAGAGCCAGCUCAAACACAGAAUAUCCACAACUGCAGAAUCAGUGGCCUGGCCUUCUCCACACACAGUGCCCCCCUACUAGCCUCCAUCAGUGAUGACUGUUCCCUCGCCGUGAUGAACAGCGAACUUAGAGAAAUAUACAGAGACCGACAACACCAGGACUUCAUCAAGGGUAUAUCCUGGCUCCCAGGUAGCUCUGACUCCCUUACAACGGUUGGCUGGGAUCACCAAGUACUCCACCACACGGUGGGCCAGGCUACAGGCGCUCCCACCAUCUAACCCGUAGAGCCAACGGCUGUGAACAGAGCUGCUGAUCGAAUGUUUUGGAACAAGCUUUGGGCAACUAAACUAAUAUAAUCUGUUGAGCAACGUGGUCCACAGAGGCAGUGCUUUGAAAAUAUGCAAAGACUCGACCGGGGUUUCACUCCUACCUAGAAUGACCAUGGGCGGUCAAAAUGGUCGCCCAUGGUCAACCUCCUGUCCUUAGACAGGAGGUUGUGUUGAACAACUCCCUAAAACAACUCCCUAAAACCUUUAACAGGGAGGGAAAGGAAGAAACCUCUGGGAGAGCAACAGAGGAGGGAUCUCUCUCCCAAAACGGACAAUGUGCAUGGACGUUUUGGCGUCAAAGCGUGGUUUUAGGUAGAUCUUAUAACUUUUUUUGUGCAAUUGAUCUAAAACUAAUUUUAAAUGCAAAUUUAUGCAAUUUUAGGAGAAUUCGGGGAGUGGCAGGUCUAUCUUUUUCUCUCUUUUUUUCCACCAAGUUAUUAAACUUUGAAAAUCCAAAACCGUCAUAAUGACCAUCUUGGAACGACCAAGACGGUCAUGAAAAAAGUUAAGAUCUACCUAAAACGACCACGAGCGGUAGUAAUUUGCACGUGGUCAUGCGCGUCAUGUCACUAUGGCGUGUUCUGGUCGCAUCCUUCGCGAAGUUCAUCGUCCUAGAAACACACUAGCGUCCUCCAGUGGAGAGUAAUAGUCUAAACUUGAUUUGUGAUUAUUGCCAGCAUGUCUGGGUACAGACGCACCAUGACUACCACCGAGGCUUUGCAGUAUUGACAGGCGUUGGACAGUGGCCAUUUUAAAUUGUUUGAAAAAUAGUAUUAAAGUUGUUAAAAACUUAAUUUUGGUGUCAGUUAGUUUCAUAACAGACAUACUAACAUAUGUAGUGCAUUAAUAUCUCAACUGGUAUUUAUUUUGACAGAAUAUGGAGUUUAAAAACUGUGGCGGUCAUUUUGACUGCCCAUGGUCGUUUUGGGUAGGAGUGAAACCCCAGUCGUUCGUCCAUCUACAUCCUGGUCUUGGUGUCAUCCUCUUACUGUUCAUUUUUUCAUGGCGUAUUAACUGCAUUCCCAUGUGUAAUUGCAUUUGAGAUAAUACAUUUAUACUGUGUGAUCUUCAUUAAAAUGUCAUGGCAAGAUGUCAG